AUGCAGCGAAUAAGAAAAGUGUUAAGAAUUCCAAAAGAUCCAAGAACUAUGAAAAACACGUUUAUUACAGAAAUACCGCAGGAUCUUCUUCAUAAAAUAGAUGCUGAGGAGUGGAGAUCUCACGUAGAAGGCUUAAACAAAAUAAUGCUUAGGAAAGAAAGACCAAGCAUUUUGAAUACCAUUAAAAUGUUUCUCGUAAUACCAGCAGCAUUAGAUUUGGACAGAUAUGAUAAGGAUGUUCGAAAAUAUCUGAAAGAGUUAAAUAUUGGUCUUAAAAGUAGAGGAAUUUUCAUUGAAGAUCCAUCGUUGAAUGGAUACACUGAAUUGGAAGUCGUUAUCAGCGAAGCAAAUCAAUGA